AUGUUAGUAGCUACGCGUGUAGCCAUGUUGGUGGUCUUGUUUCUAUUUAUUGGACUAGUCUCUAGUCAAAGACAAUACCUAAAACAAGAUAGAAAGGCGUCUUGGGAGGUCGGAGAUCCAAAUAUUGGUCCUACUUACGUUCAACCUGAACAGGUACAUCUUGCUCUUGGAGGUAGGUCAAUACCAUGGUAUAUAUAUAUAUAUAUAUAUAUAUAUAUAUUUCAUGCGCACUUAUGAUUGACUGGUAGGUUGUACAAAUAAUUCUGUGCCCUCUUUUAAAGCAAAUUUUCAGGGUUAAGGGCACAGAAUUAUUUGAACAACCUAAUAUAUUAGCUUAUAAACUAAACUUUCUAAAUUUAAAAUUCCAGACAACCCUGACGAGUUUACUGUAACAUGGUUGACGUUUUCUGAUGUAAAAACAUCGUAUGUUGAAUGGUCCAGUAACAAAAAUCCAUACCAAAAGGCCAUCGCUCUAACAACAUUAUUUGAAGCAGAUGGAGUUCAAAGAUACAUUCACCGUGCCGUUUUGAAGCCGGUUGCGCCUGGAGUUGAAUACGGUAACUUUUGUAUAUUAACGAUUAUGACUUCUACUAUUGGAGAGAUAUUGUUUUAGCCUAUGGUUGUAGAUAUGCAAUUAAGUGUUUUAUGUAUUACUAUAUUACUUUUGCGAAUAUUUGUGUAAAACAUCAUAAAAUUUAAUUUACAGAAUACCGUGUUGGCUCUGACUACGGUAUCAGCUCGAAAUUCACGUUCAAUGGACUCAAAGAGCGGCCGGAAGGUGGAUAUAGGUAACGUUUUCCUAACGAUGUAUAUAAAAAUACAGUAAUAUUUACUAAUAUAAUUCUACGUUAGAUUGUUCAAAUUAUUCUGUGCCCUCUCACCCUAGAAAUAUUUUUUGAGAGGAGCACAGAAUUAAUUGAACAUCCUGAUAGUAAACACUUGUAGGUAUGCAGUAUUUGGCGACCUAGGCAAUGAAAACGGCCGGUCCUUGGGUCAACUUCAAAGAGGUGCUCAAGAUGGCCUGUACGAUGUUGUUCUUCAUGUAGGUGACAUGGCUUACAAUUUGAAUGAAGUAAGUAAUUAUUAUUUUUACUUUUUUAUAACUCUAUCUUAACUUUCAUACAUAACUACUUUAUGACCCAUGCUUAGAAAAUCUCUUGUUGACUAUAGCAAGCCCUACUCUCUGUACUAUAACAAGACUCUACUCUGUAACAAACCAGAAGACUAAACAUAUAAAAUUCAGGACCGUGGCAAGAUGGGUGACGAAUUUCUACGUCAAAUAGAAACCAUAGCUGCCUAUUUACCAUACCAAGUUGUACCUGGUAACCACGAGAACGCUGGUAACUUUACUCAUUACAUAAACCGGUUUACCAUGCCCAAAAGUGAACAUAACUUGUUUUAUAGGUAGGCAAUCUGAAUGUGAAUUAUAAAGUUUAAAGUCAUCAGAAAGUCAGAUACAAAAUAUAUACAGGGUGUCCCAAGAAAUUUGCAGGAUUUUAAAAAUUUGUACUUCAUCUUUGAGUGAUGGCUGAAAUACCAAACUUGGUACGGUGGAAGUAUGGCCAAUGUAUAUUUUUUGUGAAGAAUUUUGGGAUUUUAGAGUGCAUAUGAAGGUCGUUGUGAAUUUUUGAAAAAACCCAUCUUUACCCCGAAAUACACAUAUUUUCAGUUGAAAAUCACUUUUUCAUCAAAAAUUUCUAAGUUUUUGGCUGUUUUGUGGUUGGAAAUGCAUUUUUGAGAUGAAAAUUUAUGUUCUCCGCAAGUCGGCGGACGCUUUCAAUCAUCGGCGGAGGCCGUAACUCGUUUCAAAUUUGUUGGAUAAACUUGAAACCAAAACCGAUCUUCUUAAAAUUUUAUGCGCUAUCUUCCGAUGUAUAUAUUCCAUUAAAAUUUUAAGGUAAAAACAAAAGGUUACACAAAAGAGACAAAUCAAACGCAUAUUAAGGUAAAAUGUGUAAUGUUGUUUAUAUGGGCAUAGGUAUAGUAAAAAAAGUUUUAAGGUUUUUAUUUAAGAAAUUUAAGUUACUUAUUUCACCUUUUUUAGUAUUAUAUUGUAAAAACCACUCGAACAUAAACUGCAACUGAAAAAUUCAGCGAAGUUUUAUUGUAAUAAUUAUCUUUUUUAAAUAUAAGCCAAAAAUUAACUUUUUAUGAUGCUAAUAGCUUAACCUUUUAAGUUUCUGUUUUUGCCUUAACAUUUCAACACAAUUUAUACAUCGGAGGAUAGCGCAUGAAAUUUUAGAAAGAUCGGUUUUGGUUUCAAGUUUAUCCAUAAAGUUUGAAACGAGUUAUGGCCUCCGCGGAUGAUUGAAAGCGUCCGCCGACUUGCGGAGAACAUAAAUUUUCAUCUCAAAAAUGCAUUUCCAACCACAAAACAGCCAAAAACUUAGAAAUUUUUGAUGAAAAAAGUGAUUUUCAACUGAAAAUAUGUGUAUUUCGGGGUAAAGAUGGGUUUUUUCAAAAAUUCACAACGACCUUCAUAUGCACUCUAAAAUCCCAAAAUUCUUCACAAAAAAAAUAUACAUUGGCCAUACUUCCACCGUACCAAGUUUGGUAUUUCAGCCAUCACUCAAAGAUGAAGUACAAAUUUUUAAAAUCCUGCAAAUUUCUUGGGACACCCUGUAUAUACUAUAUGAAGAUAAUCACGUAUAUUAGGUUUUUCAAAUAAUGUUGUGCCCUCACUCAAACUAUCAAUUUUCGGGGUUAGGGGCACAGGAGUACUUGAGCAAGCCAAUAUAGAAGGUUUGAGAUUGAGUACAUACAUAAUAUUGUAGUUUUGACCUUGGCCAUGUUCACUUCGUUGGGUUUUCGACCGAAUUCUACUUCUAUUAUAACGAAUACGGUAGAGACAGUAUACAAACUCAAUGGAAUUGGUUAGUAGAAGACCUUAAGGUACGUUAAUUCUAAACAUACUGUAGCGCUAGUAAGAGGUAAGGCAGACGGGCCCUUAGGGAACAGUUCCAGAACUUAGUCAAUUGUUUAAAUUAAAAGAGUUUUAAAUUUCAGAAAGCUAAUGAAAACCGACAGAACGUUCCAUGGAUCAUCACCAUGGGCCAUAGGCCAAUGUACUGUUCUACCAAAGACAGUGAUGACUGUACCUAUUUGGAAUCGAUUAUUCGUACUGGUGAGCCAAAGGUAUGUCAUAGCUUUUUAGUUAAAAUAUUUACCAUAAUAUUUACGAGAUUUAUCAUAAAUCAUAUUCCAGACCCACAAAUACGCAUUGGAGAAGCUGUUCUACGACAACGGUGUAGAUGUAGCAUUUUGGGCCCACGAACAUACCUACGAACGACUAUGGCCAGUAUACGACAGAGUGGUGUAUAAUGGUAGUAGCUCUGCCUAUGUUGAUCCUCCAGCUCCUAUUCAUCUUUUGAGUGGGUCAGCUGGCUGUAGAGAAUAUACAGACCAGUUUAAUAAGCCUGGAGUCUGGGAUGCCUUCCGGUCAAGUAACUACGGGUUUGGACUGAUGCAUGUGUAUAACAGGACACAUAUCAACUUUAAACAGCUUAGUGCGGUUAAUGUAAGUUUGGGUUUUAAUUGUUUAACAGAAUUUUAGAUUCUAUAUUAUAGUAUAGGCCAGAACAACGGAUGCUUUGCGAGCAUCCUGUAAUAUAGAUAACCUUUUACCAAAAUUAAAGUGAAACCGUCCCUAAAAGACAGCAUAAAAUAUGUUUUAAAAGUUUUAGAGCACCACAGAAGACGAAAUUUGGAUUGUAAAGAACAGACACGCCCCUUAUGGAAAACAAGAGAUGCGCAAGCUCAAACAACAAGGUACCUACAUACCAUAUGACACCAAAAACCCCCGUGAAGACAUGUAA